AUGACCGACGAGAAGAAGGGAGUCAUCCAUCGCUACUCCCCCGCCGUCCACCCCUUCCGCCUUCUCUGCACCAUCCUCGUCACCAUCUUCCUCCUCGCCGGCGUCAUCGUCCUCAUUGUCUACCUCGUCUACUGCCCCUCAAAACCCCACUUCACCGUCACCGGCGCCACUGUUUUCGAGCUCUCCAACUCCUCCACCCAGCCCAACGUUCUCUCCACCAGCAUGCACUUCACACUGGUCAGCCGCAACUCCAACGAACGCUCCUCCAUCCUCUACGACCACCUCUCCGCCUACGUUUCCUACCGCAACCAGCCCAUCACUCCGCCUGCCGACCUCCCCCCGCUGCUCCAGAACCGCGCCAGCUCCAUCGCCAUUUCGCCGGUGCUUGGUGGGGACUUCGUGCCCGACUCGGGGGACGUUGCCUCCGGCCUGCUUACCGACCAGGCCUACGGCGUCGUCAACCUGUGUUUCGUGCUGAUGGGAAGGCUCAGGUACAAGUCGGGGCCGUUCAGGAGUGGCUGGUACAAUAUGUACGUGCAGUGCGACAUGCUAAUCGGAAUUCGGAACGGGGCCACCGGUCCGGUGCCGCUGAUCAACGAGCCCGUGUGCAAUGUCGAUACUUAG